ACUAGAAAGUGAGGUAUAAUAUUUGACAGAUUUCAUAGUGGGGAAGUUAAUUUGGUCGGAAAAUGUAAAAGUUAAUGUUUCUCUCUGUAGUAUUAACUAUAUUUUAAAUUAAUAACAUUAAAACUUAAUAAAUCAAACCACAGAUAUUAAUAAAACUAGAACAAUUUAAAUAAAGUUAAAAAUGUGCAAUAAAUUAAAUAGCAAACCACAGACGCAUUGUUUUGUGUACAUAGAAUUAUUACGUGCGUAAUAAUUCUAUGUUUGUGUAUUAAUAUAACUGAUAAACUUUUAUUAAAAAACAACUUCUCAAUUAAAUUACAUUGUGUAACAAUAAAAUUUACCUCAGUGUCAACUAUCAUCAUUAAUUAAUAUUACUGAAUGUGAAACAGAGACAGUACUUUAUUUGAAUUUUUUUUAUAGAAUAAGGGUGACAAACAAGCAUACAGUCCACCUGAUGGUAAGUGGUUGCUGUGGCCCAUAGACAUCUACAUCUAUCUUCGUUUGGGAAUUAAAAUACAGAUGCGUUGUCUGCCGUGAGGACUAAGAUGGAAUGCCUCCUUUCCAGUAAUAAGUGAGGUGUAAGUAAGGUGUCAGGUCUCCGUAAGGUGAGUGUAAAGAAGCGGAGACCCGCUUCUUUACACUCACCAUAUGAAACACAGCAGCAUUAAGCUGCUAUUUUACACUGGUAUUCUGUGAGUGUGUGGUCCUUCCCCGGUCGAUCCGACUGAUUCGUUUUACAACUAUACUAUUAAUAAUGCUGCAGCAUGGCUCUACCACAUAAAAAAGUAGAUAGGGAAAAAGUAGAAAGGGAGAAAUAUUAGAUAGAGAUCAAUAAUUAUUUCUUUUUAACUUAAGUAUAAAUAGUUAAUGCCUAGUUUUGAAUAUGCAACUGCCAUGUGUGAAGUCUUGGAUUCAAUUUUCAGGUUGGGCAAAGUGUUAAUUUUUUUAUGUAUAGUAGAAUAGGUGUGAAUGUGUGAUGUUGCACCUACAGAGGUAUAAUUAACCCCCAACAAAAACAUAGGUUCUAUUUGUCUAUGACAUUGUAGCUCCCAAAUGGAUGAACAGAUUUUGAAUUAGUUUUUUCUGUAUGAAAGAUGACUUGAUCAAUAGUGUUUUAAACUAUGAUUCAGAAAACCUGUUCAGCUGUUUACAUAUUAUCAUUAGCUCUUGUCUAUUUUGUAUCUGAGGUUUUUUUAAAUUUUUUAUUUAGGGUUAUUUCUAAAUCAGUGUGAUGGGUGUCUUGAGCCUUAAUUUAAAAUGUUAAUUUUUUUUCUAGCUCAAGCAGUUCCUGAUGUUGAAAUAACAGCACCUGCCCAACCUUUAAUAUUGAAUGUUCGAGAGUCUCAAUCUGAAAUGCAAAUGAGAGAUCACCUGCUUACUGAAUCUGUUACCAUGCCUCACCAGCCUUCAACAUCUGGUGUUCAGGUAACUCUACUGGAUAUUGAGAUAAGAGAACAACUGCAUGCUGAAUCUGUAACCAUGCCUGCCCAUGCCGUAUCUUCAACAUGUUGUGCUCAAGAAACUCUACUGGAUAUUGAGAUGAGAGGAUGUGAAGAAUAUGGUAAGCAGAAAGGACACAAUAAACAGCAUAAAAGAAAAUCAACUAAACCAAAAGGUCCUUAUGUACCUUUGACAAAACUUAAACAAUUUAAUUCGAUACUAAAGCAGCUAAAGAAAUGUGAAGAUAAUAAGAUGAUUUUGAAAAGAAAAUAUAUUCUUGCAAAAAAAAUGACGAGAACCACAGCAUUUGAAAUUGUAUCAUCAAAAAUGUCAGCUACUGCUAAAAUAUUCUGCCAAAUGCAAGCUUCUCAGAGUGGCAAGAAAAAACAUGGCAGGCGUUUCACACUAGAUGAAAAAAUUUUAGCAUUGUCGCUGUAUAAGCCGGCGCCUAAGGCUUAUCGCUUGCUAAGCAAUUUAUGCGUUUUGCCAAGCAAAAGGACACUGCAAAAUUUAUUGCAUAACUUUGACUUAAAUCCUGGAGUCAAUGAGUUAAUAUUUGAUAAUCUGAAAAAUAGAGUCUCAAAACUGCCUGACAAUUACAAAUAUUGCUCAUUAUUGUUUGACGAGAUGGCAAUUGGAACAGGGCUUACUUAUGACAAAAAAAAAGAUAAAAUACUUGGAUUUGUUGACAAUGGAGAAAAAAUUGAAUGUGAAUUUUGUGAUCACGUGCUGGUUUUUAUGAUCAGAGGUAUAGUAAAAAAAUAUAAGCAGCCUAUAGCUUAUUAUUACUGCAGUGGAAGCACUAAGGCCGUUGAACUUAAGGUUCAUAUUAAUAAUAUUGUAAAAAAAGUGCAAAAAACGGGUUUAAAAGUUGUGGCAACUAUAUGUGACCAGGGUACUUCCAAUGUGGCAGCCAUAACUAUGUUAAUAAAAGAGACACAAGAAGUAUAUGUACGAAAUGGAAAAAUAUACAGGGAAGGAUUUUUCAAAGUUGGGAAUGACAAAAUUUUCCCCCUGUAUGAUCCACCUCACCUCAUUAAAGGAAUUAGGAAUAAUCUAAUUACAAAAGAUUUAAAAUAUACAAUGAAAGGAAAAGAAUGUACAGCAAAAUGGUCCCACAUUGUUCAAUUAUAUAAUAGGUGCCCAGGUUACAGAGGUGUCAAGCUAGUGCCUAAGCUGACUGCUCACCACGUCCUACCACAUUUAAUCCCAAAGAUGAGGGUGAAACACUGCACACAAGUGUUUAGUCAAUCUGUUGGGGUGGGCCUUGCGUGUAUGGCAGAAUUGGGAGCUCUUGAUAAGAGCAGUUAUGAGACAGCGGACCUCCUAUUAUUUUUCGAUGACCUAUUUGACAGCGUGAAUGGUAGUUUCAGCGAAAUUAUAGGAGGGAAAAAGUAUCGUGCUGCAGUAACUCCAACUUCACCGCAUCACAAUUUGUGGAAUUAUAGUAUCCCAAUCCUCAAAAGCAUGAAAUUUGUAAGCAGCAAUAGUCGAGGUGUAGUGCCAUCUUUAUCCAGUUGGAUUCAAACAAUAGAAAAUUUUAAAAAUAUUGUAAAAUUUUUAAAUUCUAAAGGGAUCAACUCCUUAUUGCUGCGAAAUUUUAACCAAGAUCCAUUGGAGAACUUUUUUGGAGCAAUCCGAGCUCACGGCUAUAGUAAUAUAAUGCCUACGUCAUCUGCAUUUGAAGGCGCAUUUAAAACAUUGUUAAUAAACAAUAUAACAUCUUCACAUUCAGUUGGAUCAAACUGUGAAAAAGAUGACAGUGUUUGUCUCCAGUCCCUGAAAUGUUUUUUAAUAAAUCCUAAAGACAACAACACAGCAACAGAAUGUGAGGAUGAAGUAGACUACGCUCAUUUGUAUAUAGACCCUAUAAACACAGAUGCACUAUUAGCAAGUAAAACUCCAAUGGAUAUAGAAAAAUGCGCAGCAAUAGGUUAUUGCAGUGGCUGGAUAGCACAACUUGCCAAGAAACAUGUGUUUAAAAACUGUAUUACUUGCAGGCAUGAUUUGGAAGCAGAAGAUUUAUUAAAUUUUCAUAAAUUUAUAAAAAUGAAAGAAUAUGAAAAUAAAAAGUGGUUGUGCUAUCCAACUAGGGCAUUGUUUGAUUUCUUUGCCCAAGUUGAACACAUUUCCAUAGAAAUAUUAAAAGAUAGGGCAAAAAAUUAUAUAUCUAAAUAUAUUAAAUUGAUUAUGACGGUUAACUUAAAUUUUAACUUUUUAACAUGUUUAUUACACAAAAAUGAUUUAACUGAUUAUUUAAUUAAUAAAUCCACAUUUUUUUUUAUAAACAAUUGGUGCAAAGAUGUAAACAAUGUCCUCACUGGAAAAAUAACCUUUUGGGAUGUAAAUGACCCUAUGAAAGAAAAAGCUCACAGACACUACUCUAAAAAUAAAGGGAGAAAGAGGAUAAGACAAAAUAAUGUCUCUGUAAUAAAUUCUACAAGAUUAAAUCUCU